CUUUUUGUGGCUAGAGAACCAUGGACUAUCUGAAAAACUAUGAGUACAACCUACAAGUAUUGGAAAUAUAGCUCCCUUAUAGUAGGCCUAUUACUACCUGCCAUUUAACUACACCUCAUAAACCUACACUACAGAAGAAUUAGCUGAGAACCAUGGAGUAUUUGAAAAGUGACCAAAACAAGUUAGUGGAAAAUAUAAGAAGUGGAAACUGGCAAGCAGUAAAGAACAUAUGUAACACUGACAAACACCUAAUUAACACUUACGAUGAGAAACAUGAGACGCCUUUAAUGACCGCUGUUUGGAAAAAUGCGUCAAAUGAUGUAUUGUCAUUAAUGGUAGAUAAUGCAACAACAGAAAACUUAGCAUACGAAAACUGGGGUGGUAAAACAAUUCUUCAUGUCUUAUCUUGGAAAGGACGCGAGCAAGAAUUGAGACAAACGUUAGAAAAAAACUCAGAAGAUGUUAACAAGAUAACUACCAGUAAACGCACACCACUUCAUUACUGUCUGCAUGGUUGGCACAGUUUUGAUGUACACAACAAAAUUACAAGUUGCUUGAUUGAUUAUGGCGCGUCAACGUCAGUUUUGAUAAAAGAUAAGGAUGGAAAGACACCUCUGGAUUUGUACACCAAAAACCAAUGUCGUAAAUACAUCGAAGCUACUAAAGCUCAGGACAAACAAGAACUAAGAACAAAACUUAAAGAUACGUGUGAAAAUCAUUUAUUCCAUCAACUAUUGUUAGCUAUCAAAGAAGCUGAGAAACCUGUGCUCACAACUACAGAAGGAUGGAUCAGCCCUGGUAAUACAAAUACAAGGAAUGUUUAA